UCGCGAAAAGCAACGCUAACCCGCCAAUUCUCGAAUUCGGCGCUAUUCUUCGCUCUCGAUCUGAAGAUGCUCUCAUCGGAGUUCAAGAUGCAAUCCGAUCAUGAAAUCCUUCUUCUCCAUUCAGGGGAUCAUCAAGAAUACUGUAACUGAAGCAGGUGAAACUCAAGCAAUUUGAAAAAAGAAUGGUGAGCAGAAGUUUUUUACAGGAAAUAUUAGGUCAUGUGCGUGGAUUUCUAUAAGGUACUUCCCUAAAUUUUAGAUUUUUCUUAUUGCUGAUGUGCCUGUUCACAGGAGCCUCUGACCUAAAUGAAUUUAAUGGUCACACCUUGCAUAUGUCAUUUCAGUGCAAGCAUUGAAUUUUAGUUUUUGAGUUAGAAAGUUAGAUAUACAUGUUUUUGCUUAUAAUGUGCGGUGUUCAUGAUGGAAUGGAGGAGUAUGGAAGCUUAUUUGAACCUUGAAGCUGAGGAGGUGGCUUUAGAACCUGAUGAUAGCAUGAGAGAUACUGGAGAGGUGUUCUUACUGUAGCAGGGAUCCUUGAAUUGCAAAGAUGAAGUUCUUUAAUUGGCAACUAACCUAUGAGAAGAAUUUCAGUUGGCUGCUAAAUUGCUCUGGAUUAUUGUGCAGAUGUUGACUGAGGCGGGGUUAUGAAGGCUCGAGAAUGGGAAGAAACCCUUAGGUUUGAUUAUGCACAUGAGAGAGAUGAUUUGGUCUCCCUUAUAAAAUAUGCGCUUUGGAUUGUGCUAACACAUUAGUGGCUGAAUACAAAGAGUUAACUGACAAAGUAGUUCAGUACUUGGCCUGCUACUUAACUGUCUGUCAGAGUAGGUUUACCCUGGCUGCUAAGCUUCAUUCCGAGGAUAGGCGGAUUGGUGACGCUGAAUAUGAUUUGUUUUUCUGAAGCCAGCAGUAGUUUCAGUCGAUGAGUGCAUACACCAGAAGGGGGUUGAUCCUUAAUGGCGUAUCAGAUGAAGUAGGUUUGGUUUAACCCUGAACAGGACUGAAAGUUUAAUAAAGUCUCUCUUCCUUCUAUCAGUUCAUGUGGAUCAACCCCACACCUAACAAAGCAAGCACUUAAUACUUUGCUUUUAUAAUGGACUACUACAUGCCUUGGUGAAUACUGACUACCAGGCACUUUGUGAAAGAGAGACACAGAGAGUGAGAUGGUGGGAAUUUUCUCUUUGAUCACUGGUUUGCCGGGGCCGAGUGGGUUUGGAUCAGCUUCUACUGCCGAGCAGGUAACUGAGGGCAUUGAUGCCUCCAACCUCACAGCCAUCAUCACUGGAGGAGCAAGUGGAAUUGGUGCAGAGACAGCGAGAGUUUUGGCAUUGCGUGGAGCUCAUGUUAUUAUAGCCGCAAGGAACAUGGAUGCUGCUAAUGAAGCCAAGAACUUAAUUCUUGAAAGUAAUCCCACGGCUCGCAUCGAUCUAUUGAAACUUGAUCUUUGCUCAUUGAAGUCUGUCCGUGCAUUCGCCAACAGUUUCAUUGCGAUGAAUCUUCCCCUCAACAUCUUGAUAAACAAUGCCGGUGUUAUGUUCUGCCCUUAUCAACUUUCAGAGGAUGGAAUUGAGAUGCAUUUCGCCACAAAUCAUCUCGGACAUUUUUUGCUGACGAACCUUCUCCUGGACAAAAUGAAAAGCACAGCAAAAGCCACAGGGAUCGAGGGACGAAUUGUAAAUCUAUCAUCUAUUGCACACCUUCAUACUUAUGAAGAAGGAAUACGAUUUGAUAAACUCAAUGAACAAGAUGGAUAUUCUGAUAAGAAGGCAUAUGGACAAUCUAAAUUGGCAAACAUAUUGCAUGCAAGUGAGCUGUCAAGACGUCUACAGGAAGAUGGUGCAAAUAUCACUGUGAAUUCUGUCCAUCCAGGGCUGAUUAUGACCAACCUGAUGAGACAUUCUAUGAAUCUUAUGAGGAUUCUGAUGGUGUUCACUUACCUCUUUUGGAAGAAUGUGCCUCAGGGAGCAUCCACUACAUGCUAUGUUGCACUGCAUCCAAGCCUCAAGGGUGUGACAGGAAAAUACUUGCUUGAUUGCAAUUUGAUGGCACCGAGUCGUGUUGCUCGAGACAAAAUUUUAGCGAAAAAACUGUGGGACUUCAGCGAGAAGCUGGUUCAAUUAACUCGGUGAAAAUCUAAUUAAUAUUAGGCUGUGAAGUUUCUAUAGAACAUAAGCAUUGCUUGCUGAUAUGAAUUGUAUUACGCAUUUCAGUUUUCCGCUCUAUGUUGGCUACCAUAUUUCAGCGAGUUUAUGUUGCAAAAAUAUUUCUCCCAAAGUUGCAUCUGAUUGAUUAUGGCAUAACACUGUUUGUAACUUUUGACAAUCACUUGCAAUUAAAGAUUGUUAGCAUGAAAUGAAAACUCAGCACAUGUGUUUGAUCCA